AUGUCGUGGUUGUUUCCAUCAAAGCUUCCCGUUGUCCACGAAAACUAUUUGCGUGCAGCAAGUCCUAAUGAGCGACGAUGCAUUGUUCGCGAAUCGCUGGACUUUUACCGUGCCCUGCUUAUUGGUGGUGUCUACGAAUUCAGCUCUCCGGUAGAUACAUCAUCAAUUGCAACAUUCACGCCUGCUGUGCGACAGUGUAUAGAUAACCACGCGCAUCUUAGCAUAACUGUGGCCAAUGCCCAAACGGAAUCGCCAUCUUUCCACUUUUGUCCACGGGUCGACCUAAACCAUCAUAUUCAGGUUUUACAGGCGGAUGAAUCGGACGUGACAAAGGAAACAGAGGGCCAAAUCAUAGAAAGAGUUCUCCCACAAAUCCUUGAUUCAAAAUGGCCUUCCGACCUUCCGCCGUGGAAGGUUGUUGUCCUUCCGUUUUCGAAAACCAGGUGCUUCAUCAGCUUCUCCUUUUCGCAUUCGCUGGCCGAUGGAACUUCGGGCUUGGCUUUCCACAACACAUUUAUCAAUGCUCUAGUACAACAGACUGUGUCUGAAUCGCAAAUUCAGGCGAAAGACACCAUGAUACACACACCAAAAAAGCUACCACUAAGCCCACCAUUUGACACCGCUCAGAAUCUUCCCAUAAGUUGGUCCUUUCUCUUAGCACCAUUGCUAGCUAUGUUUCUACCUUCGUCCCUUGGUUUUAAAUCUCAUAUCAACCCGAUUACAUCUAAAACAUGGACUGGGUCAUCCAUGUUUUACUCGCCAGAAACGUUUAAAACCAAUGCUCGCAUCUUGUCUAUCGACGUAGUGGCUGUUGACCGCGCCUUGAAGACAUGCCGAGCCAACGGAGUGAAGCUUACCGGCCUUAUUCACCAAUUUAUCGUCGUUGCUCUAUUUGAAAGCUUUCCAGACCCUCAAAAAUAUGAUAACCUCGCCGCGCAAACGGCGAUUGACAUGCGACAGCUAGUUAAUACGUCGAAGGAAGAGAUGGGUCUUUAUGUUUCCGGGGAAAAGCAAAUCCUACAAGCUCCACAAAAGACCGACCAGGGAGCAGAGGCUUUGUGGGAGGCGGCAAAACUGACAACACAAAAGUUAGCAGCCGCUGUUAGCAGACGCCAAGACCAUGCUGUUGGUCUUCUGCGCUAUUUAAACAAUAUGCAUUCUUGGACUAAAGCCAAAAUUGGUGAACGACGAGACGCCUCAUACGAAGUUAGCAACCUGCUCAGUUUCCGACCUCAGCCGGGAGCCUCGAGUGCCUCGGAGGAUGGACCAGGGUGCUCUAUUGUUGGAAUGGUAUUUGCACAACCUGCCGAUGCCACUGGGGCUCCAUUGUCGUUCAACAUUGUGAGCGUUGCUAAUGGGCCGCUGGUGAUUGCUAUUACCUGGCAGGCCGGAGCCUUAGAUGUAGAACCCAAAAUCAGGGAGGCGGAUUUUGUUGACAAAAUUUGCGACAAUAUCAAAGGUAGCUUUGAUAAUUUGGGCUGA